ACUCAGUAAUAUUACUAAUUAUUACCCCCCAACAGAGUCUGCUCAAUGAUAUAGCAAAGACAGUUGCUAGUCAUCCCGGGGGGACUGUCCGCUACCCAGAUGCGAUGUCCUUGCGGCUUCUCAGAGGCCAGGGCUAACCCAGUGCUUCGGACUUCAGUCGCUUCCCGUCCUCAUCCUACUCGCCACCUCUCCAACCGGACGGGACAAAUUUCACGAUAUAAUCUCUUGAUCGUUUCAAGUUCGGAAUAUCGACUAGACGAGGUGCAGUCUACUUGAAAUCAAGGGGCGAUCGCUCUACCUUAUCUCCGUCACGCGGUCGAUAAGAGAGAAAACAGGAUCUCCGUUUAAUUUUGCACCAUAGCUUGGCAACGAUACAAGUUCAAAAAUCCGUGUAAAAAAAAAUUAUCUGCCGUGUAACAAAAAUCAGUGGUCAAUCGUGUCUGAAUCCCUGGUUUUUCUCAAGAUCUGAAACUCGAUAUGGUUGAAAGCAAAAAGAAAGCCAUCGCACCUGAUGGAGGUUGGGGUUGGGUCGUAGUUAUAGGUUUUGCAGUUUCCAACGUCAUUUCGAUUCCAGUAUUACAGGGGUUCGCUCUCCUUUUUAGAAAUGUAUUUAUUGAUUUAAAUUUAUCAGCAAUAGACAUUAGUACAAUUAUAAAUGUCAAUUCAGGAUUUGGCAUGCUUUUAGGUUUAAUGAAUGGACCCCUUUUAAAAGCCUAUGGCUUUAGGUGGCAUGCCAUUAUUGGCUCCUUAAUUAUGUUUGUCGGUUUUAUCUGUACAUCACAAGCUACAUCGUUCUACGAGUUUCUUUUAUUUUAUGGAGCAAUCAAUUCUGUCGGAUUUAGCAUGUCAAUGGCAGCGUUCAGUUUAGCAAUGAAUACAUAUUUUAAAGAAAAAAGGGCUAUGGCUGCCGGAAUUACCUCAACCCUCACUGGAUUAGGACCAGUUGUGAUGCCAUUACUCAUCAGUAGAUUUGUGGAUAUAUUUGGAGCAAGAGGUACAGCACUGAUACUAUCUGGUUUACUUUUGAACUGUUUUGCAUCUGCCUUACUUCUCCAACCAAUAAAAUGGCAUUACAAGUAUGUAUCUGAAGAGAACAUUGUAAGCAAAGAAAUGCAACUAUUAAACACACCAUUGAUCACCAAAGAAUCUGAUGGAGAGUGCAAUAAAGUUAAGGAUCAUGAAGAAGCGGCACAAAAAGAAGAAAUAGAACAAUUUGAUUCACAGAUAGGACACAGUAUCGAGGAUGUGAUGGUCCCAAAAAGAGUUUCUGAUUCAACUGCGAGGCGCAGUAUUUCACACUCUAGACUCUCCCUUUACGAGAAAGACAAAGUUGAACCUGAAUCUACGUGGUGGAAAAAGUCAUCUAAUUUUGAAGAAGGAUUGUUCAGUCAAGAGACAAAUGUUCACAUUGUCCAGCCGAGCAAGAGUAAAAGCAAAUGGUACCAUAAAGUAAUCAAAUUCUUCGACUUGGAUCUGCUGAAGGACCCGAUCUACACAAACAUCUGGAUAGGAAUGUCGAUUGCAUUCACAGGAGAGAUCAACUUUUCCCUCAUGACCCCAGUGAUCCUUGGUGAGAGGAAUUUCAGCAUAGAAGAAACAGCGAGAAUAAUGUCAGUUAUUGCCAGCUCUGACAUCAUAUUCAGGUUCAUCUCACCGUUUGUCGGUAACUGGUUAAAACUCCCGGCAAGGCAGAUGUACAUGAUGAGCUUGAUGAUGCUUAUUAUUUCUAGAUUUGCUUUGACAUUUGUCUAUUCAUAUUGGGACGUAUUAAUCGUAGGGUUGGCUCUAGGCAUAGCGAAAGGAUUCAGGACUGUUUAUAUGUCUUUGGUGAUACCAAAUCAUGUCCCUUUAGAGAAACUUCCUUCAGCAUCCGGUCUUCAGACAGUGUUGAACGGUAUCCUGCUUCUAACUUUUGGUCCAAUUGUUGGUCUUGCAAAGGAUUAUUUUGGAAAUUACAAUGUUGUCAUACAUUUCAUCAACUGUCUUUCAUUUACAACUGUACUGCUUUGGUCAAUUGAAAUGAUUGUUGUCUAUCAAAAAUCCAAAACGAACGAAGAGUCUUAAAACCAAAAUUUUCUUUAAAAAAUAAAGUAAAAUGUAUAAAAAGUUUAAGAAUCCAUCUAGACAUUUGUAAGAUAUAUGGAAAUUGAUAUAUUUGUUAUUACUUUUUAUAAAUACCAUUUUAUAAUUGAACCUA